CAAGUGAAACUGAACAACAAAAGAGAGCUGAAAUAGAAGAAAAUAUCGAAAGAAAAUACCAGAUGAUUGAUAGAAAACAAGGCAGAAUGAUUGCAAGUCUGUUAGAAAAACCUUUUAAGAAAAUUCAAAUCAACAGACUACUUGUAAAUUAUGAACUCCAAAGAGAACUAAUUACUAACCCAAAGGAG